UCCCCCAGCCAGCGGGAGCGGCGGCGGCGGCGGCGGCGGCGCGGGGCAGCAUGAGGGAGACACUCGUGUGGGUUCUGCCAUGACGACCGUUCCAGUCGCUGAGCUUGGAUGAGGCCAGUGCAUUAUGUACAGUGUAGAAGACCUCCUGAUUUCUCAUGGAUACCAGCUGUCAAGAGAUCUUCCGGCACCACAUGAGGGUCGCCCGCCAGCAAGGGCGAGGGAGAGAGUGGGCCAUGGCUUGCUGAACGGAUGUGAGGAUGCCCCUGCUGCCUUCCUACACAGUAAGGCGUCCCUGGGGACAAGACAUGUGAGUGAUUCUGAAAAUGAGCACCAUGCACUGAGAGCCCGAGGAGAGCCCCAGAGCGCCUCUGCUGCCAGGAUGUCUGAGGAGGGGUUUUAUCAUCAACCCAGGCUGGCGUGGUCCUCUCAGCACCAAAGUGGUCACAACCAUGCCUAUUGGAGAAGAGGACAGGAGGUCGGUGGCUUGCUGACUCCGAGAGACCGAGAAGACCUGGAGGUCAGAGGAGUGACCCAAGCCCAUAGUCUGCCCAUCCACACGAGAGAGGGUUCAUGGGAAGUUGGAGGAAGGACAGAGAAUGUGAUGAAGAAGGUGGUUUGGGAAGAAAAGCUGAGAAUGGGAGGCCCUGACAAGUGGCAGAAUGUAAGCCUGGAAAGCUGGAAUCAGACAAGGAAAUUAGGAAGACAGAUGUCUGAUGGUGAUGGGGAGAAACUGUUUCAAGAUCUGUACCCAUUCAUGCAAGGAGAACAGGUGUUGAAUUCUCAAAGUAAAAGGAAAUCCCAGUCAUUGCCUAGAGUUCUCUCCCCUAAGAGCCUGAGUUGCAUGGAAAUUCCGUUAAGUGACGGGUAUUUACCAGAUGUUUCUAGAAUGCCCUUUUACCCUCCAGAUUGUGCACCAAAUUUGGAAUCCACAAGGAACCCUGAGAAGGGUGGUUCCUCUGUCCCCUUACUGUGGCCAAAAUUUGGGAGACCCCUCAAGCCUCCCUCCUAUGACUCCCACCAACACUCCAGGGCGGGAGUGGAAAACAGCGACCAUCUGGACAGCCAACAGGCAGACCUGAGUGUUUCCUACAGGCAGGAGGUCGGCCUGCCUGACUCUGGUUUGGAGCCUCCAGUGUACGUGCCUCCGCCAUCAUAUAGGUCGCCACCCCAGCACAUCACAAACCCCUAUGGGGAGGAUGUGGCCCCCAGGCAUGUGUAUGAUGGUCGCCAUCAUCCAAUUGUGGAAGCUGCUGCCAGCUUUCAGUUUCCUUCUGGUUCCCUUGGGACUGGAAAUGAGUUCCUGAAACAGCCCCAUUCCAUCACUGCUUACGACGGCUCUGUUCAGUAUAUUCCCUUUGACGAUCCACGGAUCCGACAUAUUAAACUGGCCCAACCCCAGGGUUUCUGUGACAAAACAAAGGUGGAUGAGAAAUUGUACAACUCUGGUCCAGUCUCUGCCCCAGAGCCAGCUCAUGGAAGCAUGCAUCAUGAUGGUGCUGUUUUAAACCCACAGGGCAUCAUGCCUGCAUCAGAGAGAGAGAGAGGCCCUGCCCUUGCCGAUCCCAGCCCCCUGUGGCUAUGGGGCCAGCUCCCCAGGGAUGGAGAAAAUGGUGGCUUUCCUGACCAAAGAGACCACUGUGUUAUGAGAGGACAGUGGCUUGACGUGAGAGACAGCCAACAUGGACAAGCAGAAAGCCAAGCCUCCUCCCCAAACCCACAGGGCGAGAGUACCUGUGAAACCCAAACCAAGCUCAAAAAGUUUGAAACUGGGAUUAAGACCAAGAAAAGUUCAAAGAAAAAAAUGAACGAGACGAUAUUUUGUUUGGUUUCUAUCCCAGUGAAAUCAGAAUCACAUCUGCCAGAUAUAGAUACGAACAACAAUGACUUAAAACAGAGUGCUGAUAAGAAGCAUGGGCUUGAUAAGAGCCCAGCUCUGCAAGAACAAAGUCUGCUGAGCAUGUCUUCCACCGACCUGGAGCUGCAAGCUCUCACAGGAAGCAUGGCUGGGAGAACAGAGUUUGAAAAACAAGAUCUGGGGGAACCAGAAGAAGACAAACAAACAGAUGACCUCAGAUUCAUUCACCCCAUGAAACACAGAGUACUCCAGUAUUCUGGCUCGUGGCCAGGGCACCAGUACAAAGAUCAGCAAACACAAACCACUUUCACGGAAGAAUCCAAAAGCCCGCAGCCCCUCCCUGCUAAGUCAGGAGGGUCACCUAAUGCAGUGCUGACUCCAAAUUUUCUGGACCCUCCUGCCUCCGAAGCUCAGAUGCACAUGACAUUAGCUUCCAGUGACCAGAACCAGAAGCCAAAUGUUCAUCAUCUAAAAGGUCAAGUGUCCCUCAACCCUUCUAGCUACAGUGCUUUUUCAAGGACUUCCCUACUCAUAAAGCAGGCCCCUAUGCCAAAAGUGGGCCAGAGUCAGCCCUGCAUGGAUGACCGUGGACGUGGACCCAGUCCUGUGCCCAGAGGCGAGGUGGUGAAGGGGGCAACCACAGGUCCAUGCAAUAGUCAACAGCUGUUUGGUCAAUUUCUUUUAAAGCCAGUUAGCCGUCGUCCAUGGGAUUUGAUAAGUCAGUUAGAAAGUUUUAAUAAGGAGCUUCAGGAAGAGGAAGAGAGCAGUCAGAGCAGCAGUGGCAGUGAGAGCAGUGAGACAGGAUGGCAGCCAGAAGGCCAUGCUGGCUGCACACUCAGGAAUCUGGGCUUCAGUGGAGAGAGCCAGGAAAGGAGAGGGAAGGAACCGCCAAGGGGGGUGGUGCCGGAGGAGCCUGUGUUUAGGUCGGGAAGAGUUAAGAGUAAGUCUGAGAGUUGGAGUGAGGAGCAGAAGCCUGCCACCUGCCACCAGGGUGCUCGUCCUCAGUGCCUGGGCCCCUUGCAGGUGGAGGACAGCAGAGGUGAAGCGUUGCUGUCAACUCAGGGAAGCUUGAUUACAGAGAGGAGAAACCAGGAGGUCGGGAAAAGAAUAAAGGAGCUAGCAGUCAGCCCAAGUCCUGUGAAAAGAAUAACAUCUAGGUCACGUGACACUGUGUCCUCAUCUGCUUCAGCUGAACUGAGAGAGCCCCAGGAUGGGCAGGAGCUCCCCAGUGCUUUAAAGUCUGUGGAGCCCAGCCAAGCAGCCCCUCCCACGCCCGGUGGUGGGGAGGAGAGGAGCACGGUGGGCCCCCUCUCUCUUGCCAGCAAACCUUUCGGACUCUCGGUACCAGACUUGAGGUCCGUGGGUCUGACUCCAGCACAAGAGUGGAGUGCCAGUAAGUUAGAUGGGUCUUCAGGUGACAAGAGUGCAAUAGAAAUCCCCCCAAAUGAGUCCCUUCAAAUGAGGGCUGCGAGGAUACUGGGCAUCGAGGUGGCCGUGGAGUCCCUGUUGCCGGGCGCCAGGAGAACAGGACAUAACCAGCCUUCCGAGCCUGAUGGCAGUGCGCGAAGGUUGGUGUCCCCAAGGGAGGAACCAGUGUCCAGUACAGCACAGCCGGAUGAGCCCACAGUUUCCAAUGAUGCCUUUUAUGGCAGGAGAAAGUGUGGCUGGACCAAAAGCCCUCUGUUCGUAGGGGAAAGGGACAGUGCCCCGCAGGCUCCAAGGACUUCUGAACACUCUGGUGUGGACAGGGUCGUCCCCAGCAAGGCCACUGACCCAGAGUCUCAGCCCAGUGACCUGGAGUCCUUCAAUCGCAAGGGCAUGGGGACAGAACCACCCUUCAGGUCUACUUUGUUCCAUUUCAUAGAAAGGGCUCCAAGUGUGGCAGGCUCAGAAAAGAGGCUCAGAAGUACUUCCAAAGUGAUUGAAAGUUUACAAGAGAAACUGGCUUCCCCCCCCAGGCGAGCCGACCCUGACCGCUUGAUGAGGAUGAAAGAGGUGAGCUCCAUGUCUCGGAUGAGGCUCCUGAGCUCCCGGAGCACUGACUCUGUGGAGGAUGCUGAGGAACUGAAGGCUGAGAGGGGCCCAGGAGCUCAGCCAAGAGGCCUGGUGUCUCUGACCACUGGGGACCUGGCCCGGAAGGUGGGACAUGCAUUCUCUGUCUCCAAGGGCGCACUCUCACUGCAAGAAAAUGGGCAUCUGGCACCAGGAAGAGAGAAGAACUUGGAUCGGGACUUCUGGUGCCCCGGUGAGGAGUCAGAUUCGUAUGACCCUAGCAGAGUGGAGCGGGUGUGAUGAGAUGCCAGUGAAGUGCACCCACCAUAGUUGCAAAUUGAGUGUUCUGUGAUUUUGUCUAUCAGCCAGCUUGCCCUGGAAACUGCUGGCUGUUAGUGCUCUGUGGUGUCACUCCCACUGCCACCAGGAGACUCGUCAUGCCUUCAGAAUCGCUUUGUGGAAGUAAUGAAGUAGUCCAUUGAAACUAUCUGUUUUUAUAAAUGAAGAGUUAAUACCUGUAUUUAGAAGAGUCACAUGGACUCUCCUGCAUGAUGGAUUUAGCCAAACUGGUAAAAUGUUUGGUGUUAAUCUGCUUCUGUGACAAUUUGAACAUGGAGAAUGGAGUGAAUGAUUUUCGAAAUGACUGUGAAUGCCAUAAAUUCCCUUUCACAUCUCCAGGGCCUGUGGUCCAUGCUCAUGUAAAGGAAUUUGGGACAGCGUUUCUGCACUUUGAGUUUAGGGGAAAUGUGAAUGACUAUAUCUGAUCCAUUUUUAAUCAAUUUGGCCUUCUGCUGCUGGAAGUAACUUCACUUUUAAGUAACUUGCCAUCAGAGACUAAAAGCAAUAUCUUUUUAAGUUCCUAAAAGAUUAAAACUUACUAUAACGUACUAAGAAUAUUAUUUAUCUAGUAAUGAAGUGCUUUACUCGUUUGCAAACAUGCCAUGUCUGCUUUGCACUCGGUAUUAUCUAUUUUUAUUUUCUGUAUGGACGUUUAGAAAUUCUUUAUAUGAAAAAUGAUUGCUGGUUUAAAAUAGACCAUUUUAACAAAGUAACUAUAUUUCUUUUUACAAAAAUGCUAUUUUUCUAUGAUGUAAACAGUUGUUAGGUGGCAGAUUUUUAAGGAAGUUUUAUUUUAUUUAAGAAUCUGUAUCCCUUUGUGUGAGAGGGCCCACAGAGGGCUCACAUCUGCGCUAAAGCACAUAUCCCUCACCCACUCACAACUCGGCUAUUUUUAUUUUAUCUUACAAAGAGAUCUCAAUAUAGACGUUUUACAGGAUUAACUAAACUUUUCACAAAAGUUUUUUUUACAAAUAUAACUAAAAGGUUAUAUGUGAAAAAUAAUCCUCUCAAAACCAGCCAACGUCCACAGUUUUUGCUGCCAUAUCCACUAGAAUUACCAAAAAGUGUAGUUUCAUUUAUGUAUAUCUAUGGGGGUCUGCCCUGAGACCAUGCUUUCCUCCCCCCACCCUUUAAAAAUAUGUAUUUUUAUCUAGAAUGAUCCUUACUUAAUCUCUGCAUAUUUUAAAAAUGUGCUAGAGACAUAUAUAUGCCAUUACAAAAGUAUUAUGAGGCCUAUGUAUUCUACUGUGUUUACUAUUGCAUUAUCCUGCACAAAGUGAAUGCAUUUUUUAUGCAUUUGUCCCUUCUAAGUAAGGUAUUCUUGUUAGCUAACAUUUUCUCCCUUUUCUUCCCUUUUCUCUAAUAUAAUAUAUUAGAGAGAGAGAGAGAGAUAGAGAGAAACAUCGAUGAGAGAGAAACAUCAUCAAUUAGCUGCCUCCUGCACACCCCCUACUGGGGAUCAAGGCCACAACCCCGGGCAUGUGCCCUGACCAGAAUGGAACUGGUGACCCAGCGAUCUCUUGGUUCCUGGGUUGAUGCUCAACUGUUAAGCCACACCAGACAGGGGCAUGGGGCUUUUCUUCCUUCUUUCCUUCUUUCUCUCUCCUUUUUUUUUUUUUUCUUGAGAAACCACCUGAUCUAUUUUUAGACAUUUCAGAUUCCUAAAAUGUGAAUUGUUGGGUGGUCUGCAAUUUGGCCCUAAAACAAUUCUGACUGGGCUUUCCUGGCCUGUUUUUAUCUGUAACAUAUGAUUUUAUUUCAUAAGAACUUCAUGUAUUUGGACUGUAAUAAACAAUACAGGAUCUAAAUAAUUCUGAAAAAUCGUUUUGAAUACACUUAUCUGUAGUCUUGGUUCCUACCUAUUACUCAUAGCCACUUCUUUCCUGAUUUUUGGCUCUUGUGAAAAGUUGUAGUAGGCUCUUGUUUUCACAACACAAAGAGAAGGGCCAAGUGUCUGCUAGGCAUAGCUUGGAUUGUUUUUCCCAGGAAAAAUUUAGUGAAUAAGAGGCUUAUUACUCUGUCAUGGUCACUGAAUCACUUAAGUAAUCUGGUAGAACUAAAUGAGGGUGGUCACAUGUUUCCCUCUUUAAAUGCAAGUGAAAUGCAUAUAUAUGCAUAUGUUUACAUAUACAUAUAAACAUAUGCAGAUAUAUAUGUACAUAUACAUAUAGCCACAUACAUAUAUACAUAUAUUUGAACUGUGUUCUGACUUCCUUCUAAAUUUUGUUGAUCCCAUAUAAAGACUUCUUUUAAUGAAAAUAAUUAAAUUUUAGUUUAUUCCUCACGGGAAAGAGAAGAAUCCUAAAGAGAAAAAAAUUAAUGUACCUUAUGUGUGAUACUUUUACUUUGUUUUAUUCUAAAUUAUUAUAGUUUUCUGAAACCACUCUGAAUUUAGUUGAAAUUAUCAAUAUUUAUACUUCUAACUUUCAUUUCUGGAUUCCAGCUUGAAUAUAGUAACUUUGAAAAUUUGACUUUUAAACUUGCUUAUUCUAAGGUAAAUAAUACAGUCUAAUCAGAAAUAGCUUUCCCAGAGGUUUUGAAUUUAAUGAUAGUUAUUCUUUUAUUACUUCUAUUGUUCAUACAUACAUACCUCUUUGUUAUUAGUUGUGGCUGAAUUUUUAUUUUUUUUUAUUUUGUGUUUGUCAUUGUUUUUCUCAAUGUUUGACUAACUUUUGGUGUUUAAUAAUUUGGGGCUUAUAAAAUUAAGUUAAAAGUUUUAACUCUGACUAUUUGAACUAAAAAUUAUAUGAGGAAUUAUGUAUGAAAUGUAUUUGUAUUUCUUAAUUGUAAAAGUAAGGGAAAAUAUUGGUAAGCUCUAAUUACCUCUUUGAAGGAAAUUUCUGAAUGAUUGAAAACCAAAUAUCUUUAUUAUCAUUUUCAAUCUUUCUUUUCUGCAAACCACAGAAAACUUCUUAGAAGUAUAGCCCCUGACUGCAGCUUCAGAAUCCUUUUCCAUGUUGUUUCUAACUAUUUGGGUUUCUUUUUUUAAAGUCACUUAAAAAUGUGUCUACUCUGAGAUUCUGGUGUCCAUACUAGAAGUGUAGGUUGAGGUUUUGAUUCAUGUGGAAAAUCUAAUUAGAACUUUUGCUACUCAUCUGACUGUUGGUGAAGGGUUGGUGUUAAUGCAAGUUCAAGAGCAUAAACUCCAAUGAUUCUAAAACUAGAUCCUGACCAUUUUUUGUGACAAUAAAAGGACUUACUUUGAUACAAGUUUGGUUUAAGGGCUUCUGAGGGGAAAUGAUGAGCCCCAUCCACCAUUGACACAACUACUUCCCAGCUCUGAGCAGAAGAGACCGAUGGGAGAUAAGAUUAACUCACAUUUUAUCUGGUCCCCAAGGAUUAUGUUAUGUGUUUUGGCUAUUUUGUUGUUUUGUUUUGUUUAAAAUGGUUAAAUAAUACACAGUUAAGUAUCAGGUUAGCAUCUCUUGGAAAGUGGCCAGUGAAGCAGAAUUCUCUCUAAAUAUCUGAGCUUAGAGAAACGCUUCCAGUUUUCCAAGUUCUUGUAGGCAGUUACUUUCGUGUUUGGGCCAUUGUUCUGCUAGAUCAUCUGCAGGGGGCAGGAAGUGUAAGGGAUGGAGUGAGGGCUGGGAGUGUCUUUCUUGAACUGAAGCUGUUAGAGUAGGCUUAUGGGGGAGAUGCAUUUUCUGGUAUGCUUUUCACUGCAGAUUCUGUACAUCUGUUUGUGGGAGGAGAGCUGCUACUCAGGACAGGAUUUAAGAGACACAUUCCAAGUGACCUUUAAGAAUCUGCAUGGUGGGAGGUCCUUUUCCUGAACUCUGGGUUGGUCCACUGUGGACUCAACCAAGGAAGAUGAUAAAAUAACAUUAAAGAAAGAAUGGUCCCCAGCCUGCAUGUUAAGGAGUGGUUAAGACUGCAACUCAGAUUAAAGUCCUUUGGAAAGAUCUCUAUGGUCUAGCAAACUGCCCGUGGAAACAAUCCUUAAGUUCAUCAGCAGUGCCGCGAGAUGGGCAGUGCAGUGAGGUGGGCAGAGUGCUUGCGUGCGCGCAUUGCUGGCGUUGACUUUUGAGAGCCCCUGUCACAGUUGUGUUUAGUACAGGGGACAAGAAGGGCCUUGUGCUUGGCCUCUGACUGAAACUUGAACCCAAAGGCAAGUCUGGCUAUUUGUCCCAAUGCCUUCAUUUGGGGUGAGGAGGAGCGCUUCCCCCACUAGUAGUCCCUUUCCCCUGUGGAAGCCAGAGGGGCAGCUGAAUGUCUUCAAGGAGCUCUUGUAUUUCUCUGCAUAAUGUAAAGACGUGCUAUUCCAGGAUGACUGACCUGCUCAAUGACACACAUGUUUCAAAUAAAGAUUUUGCAUGAAA